GCGCGGCGGGGCUCCCGCCCUUUCGGCUUGAGCGGCAGCAGCGUUUCUCUCCCGGCGGCUCCGGCGCGGCGCGAACAUGGCGGACCAGGCCAUCUCCUUCCUCAAGGACUUUCUGGCGGGCGGCGUCGCUGCAGCCAUCAGCAAGACCGCGGUGGCCCCCAUCGAGCGGGUCAAGCUUUUGCUCCAGGUGCAACAUGCGAGUAAACAGAUUGCUGCUGAUAAGCAGUACAAGGGUAUCAUCGAUUGUGUAGUGCGUAUUCCAAAGGAACAAGGAGUGCUGUCUUUCUGGAGAGGAAACUUGGCAAAUGUCAUCAGAUACUUCCCAACUCAAGCUCUUAAUUUUGCCUUCAAGGAUAAGUAUAAGCAGGUGUUUUUGGGAGGUGUAGACAAGCACACUCAGUUCUGGAGGUAUUUUGCUGGUAACCUGGCAUCUGGUGGUGCAGCUGGAGCCACUUCCCUCUGCUUUGUCUACCCCUUGGAUUUUGCAAGAACCCGUUUGGCUGCUGAUGUUGGAAAAGCUGGCGCAGACAGAGAAUUCUCUGGUCUCGGGGACUGCCUAGUCAAAAUCACCAAGUCUGAUGGUGUGCGUGGCUUGUACCAAGGGUUCAAUGUCUCUGUCCAAGGCAUCAUCAUAUAUAGAGCUGCCUACUUUGGGAUCUAUGAUACAGCAAAAGGCAUGCUCCCAGAUCCCAGAAAUACUCACAUUGUUAUCAGCUGGAUGAUUGCCCAGACAGUGACUGCUGUGGCUGGCGUGGUCUCCUAUCCUUUUGAUACAGUGCGGCGUAGAAUGAUGAUGCAGUCAGGACGCAAAGGAGCUGAUAUCAUGUACUCUGGAACAAUUGACUGCUGGCGGAAGAUUGCAAGGGAUGAAGGAGGAAAGGCCUUCUUCAAGGGUGCAUGGUCUAACGUUCUCAGAGGCAUGGGGGGUGCUUUCGUGCUUGUGCUGUAUGAUGAAUUCAAGAAAGUAAUUUAAACAGCCUAAAUAGAAUUGGAAAUCAAGUUGAGCAGAUCAUGUAGAAUAACUACCAUUAUGGACCAUUGACCUUCAAGAAAUUCCUGUGAGUCUUAUUUAUCGGAGCCAGAUGAUACUUCUAGAUGGGGCUAGAAACUGACAUAGAGGACUGAUCCACUUCUCUGUAACAUGCAUGAAGACACUGAAUCGGGCAAUUCAGUGCAGCAAUUUUUCUUUACAGCGGUAAGGAAUGAGUGGCGUUGGUUCUGGGUCCAAAGUUGUUAGGUCCAGUUUAGGCAGAAAAAAAAUCAUUUGCCUGUGGAUCAGUCUCCGGUUUCAAGUCCUAUCUUCUAGGACCAUAAAAUUGUAUUUGAAAGCAUUUGCUAACAAAUCAUGUUCUUUUCCACUUGUACUGAAGCACUAUGUACCAUUUUGCACAGCUGAACAUCUAGCAACUUUGUUCUUAAAUUGGGGCAUUCUGCUGUAAAACAAUAAACAUACUUACUCGGUCUGUGUUCAUAUUAUUACAUAAAAGCUUUGGGAAAGCC